CCCCCAACCAAGCUUUGGGUAUUGUGAAGUACAGCAGCUAUCAGCUUUCCAAGAAUCGUUUCUUUCUUUCUGGAUUGCUUCUCUUUCAAGAGUUUUCUCCUGCGAGUGAGAAUCUCAGUCGCUCCCACUAGUUCUCUCUCUGUGUUUGUUUGAUUUUCUCCUGUGUUUGAUCUUAAAGACCAACUCAAGCAUGGCAGAUAUCUUGACCGAAGAACAAAUCGCUGAGUUUCAGGAAGCCUUUUGUCUAUUUGAUAAAGAUGGAGAUGGUUGCAUUACCAUAGAAGAAUUGGCGACGGUGAUCCGGUCACUGGAUCAAAACCCAACUGAAGAAGAACUCCAAGAUAUGAUAAGUGAAGUCGAUGUGGAUGGAAACGGGACCAUUGAGUUUGGAGAGUUCUUGAGUCUCAUGGCCAGAAAAAUGAAGGAGACUGAUGCAGAGGAAGAGCUUAAAGAAGCCUUCAAAGUCUUUGACAAGGAUCAGAAUGGCUACAUAUCAGCUAACGAGCUAAGGCACGUAAUGAUCAAUCUUGGGGAGAAACUGACGGAUGAGGAAGUAGAACAGAUGAUCAAAGAAGCUGACUUGGAUGGUGAUGGUCAGGUCAAUUACGAAGAAUUCGUGAGGAUGAUGAUGGCAGUUUAAGGAAAAUCCUUAGAAAAUUUCAGUUUCAGAGGAAGAAAAGAAAAUAUGAAUAACUGUAUUCAAAGUUGUUCAUUCUACCAACUCCCCUUUUGUUCUUAUUUUCCUAAGAAGAAGAAAAAAGAAAAAGAAAAAUUGUAAUGAAAUGUGUCUGAUGUUUCUGUAGAUUGUAACUGUAGUGAUCAAAAUCAAAGUACCCAUUUUGUUCCUUCUUCA